AUGCUUGUCCAGGGCUAUGGACAUGCUCUCUACUUUAAGAUGCAGAAACUUUUAUGGGCCUGUCUUGAUAAGGUCCUUUGCAUUCAGUGUAUUUUCUGGUGCCUCCAACUGAACCAGAUCAUCUUUAAUGCCCCCUUUAGCAAUCAGAGUCUGCUGAGCCAGCUGGAGAUUUCUUCAACUGGGAAGGUUGUUCCACGCAGCGUUAAGCACAUGGAGGUCACGCCUCCUCAUUUCAUGGAGGAGGCCAGCUCAGAGAUUCUAGUCAAGUUUAAUCCUUUCCUCUCUGAGUCCUAUAAGACACUAUUCUUUCAAUCAAAGGUCAAGAGGAAAAUCCCAGGAUAUCUAAGCGUUAUAAAAGAAACCAACAUGCCUUCCCGCUAUAAAAAGGAAUUCUUAAAGCUAGAGGAAGUUGGCGUUGGGAAAUUUGGUACCGUCCACAAGUGCAUUAAGAGGCUGGACGGAUGUGUUUAUGCCGUAAAGCGCUGCACAAAACCGCUGCAAUCUUCAUCAAACGAAGAUGCGUAUUUACGUGAAGUUCAUGCUUACGCAGUGCUUGGGCAUCAUCCCCAUGUGAUAGGCUACUACUCCUCCUGGUCAGAAGACAACUACCUGAUCAUUCAAACUGAAUACUGCAAUGGCGGAAGCUUGAAAAAUGCCAUAUCUGAGAACACGGAGUCUGGUAAUCAUUUCUCAGAGCUGAAACUCAAGGACAUCCUUCUGCAACUCGCCUUAGGGCUGAAGUACAUCCACAAGUGUAACUUGGUACACAUGGACCUCAAGCCUAGUAACAUCUUCAUUUAUCAUAACCUCAUAUGUGAUUCUCCUGGAGUCCCAGAAGAGAGUGAAAAUGAAGCUGACUGGUUUCUCUUUGCCAGGGUCAUAUAUAAAAUUGGUGACCUGAGCCUUGUGACAUCAAUAAAAAAACCAGAAGUGAAAGAAGGAGAUAUUCGUUUCCUAGCUAAUGAGAUUUUUCGAGAGAAUUAUCAACACCUUCCCAAAGUUGACAUAUUUGCCCUAGGGUUAGUGAUUGCAAUGGCAGCAGGGGUGGAGACUCUACCCAGCUUCGGUGAUCAGUGGGAAUCCAUCCGUAAAGGUGUCUUCCCGGAUGUUCCUCAGAAGCUCACAGAAGAUUUUCACAACUUGCUCAAGAGUAUGAUCCACCCUGACCCUCAGAAAAGACCUUCUGCAGCAGAUCUGGUCCGUAGUCCAGUCCUCUGGCCCUCCCUGAAGACAGAAGAGGAGCUCCAGAGGCUUCUAGAUGUGGAGAAGUCUAAGACGGCUACACUGGAAAGGGAACUGAGAAAAGUCCAACAGGCCCUGUCCCUCCAUGGAGGAGGCCACCACGGCAACCCUGAGAGCUCCGAGGGACAAACAGAACCAAGAAGCACCAAACACCUGGAGGGCUGA